AAUGGAGAUAGAUCUAUUUAAAAUGUUUAAUAGGAAUAUAUUUUUAGAAUAUUGAAUGACACAAUAAGCUGUUGAUCAACAUGUAAAACAGGAAGGAUGGCCUAACUGAAUGGAGAAGAAAGUGACGAGGGUCAGUCCAGCUGACCCGGCCGACACCAUAUCAUACGAGAUGGGGACACCUAAACGCAACAAGAGUUUAGUCAGUCUCCAUUUCAAUGAGGAGGCGGUUGAUGCACAAAACGUGGGGGCUGCCCCAGAGGUGAAUAUGACGUUUGAACAAAGAUGGAUUCGUGACAACAUCAAAAUGAGAGUCUGUAAAAAGUUUGUAGAAAAACCAGUGGAGGUUAACAGUGUUUCAUUGCCUCCCAUCAGAUCUCCAGGCAAGAGUCUCCAAGGUGCUGGGACAGAGAUUGAAGCUAUAUGUAAAUGUGGCUACCCCCGGACUGCCCACACCUCCCUAUUAUCCUCCCCUGGGGCCUCAGGACUGGAGGAGUGGAGGGUAGAGACCCACACCAGGGCCAUCAGAACCAAUGCCUUUGGCACUGUUGAGUUCCUGGGGUUUGGAGAAAAUGAGAGGAAUUAUGUACGUGUGGAUGUGAACACCAAGAUGGACGUCAUGAUGGAGCUGAUGAUGGACGUGUGGGGACUGGAGAAACCCAACCUCCUGAUCUCAGUCACUGGUGGGGCCAAAAACUUCACCAUGAAACAGAAAAUCAAGGAAGAAUUCAGGCGUGGUCUCAUGAAGGUGGCCCGCAGUACAGGUGCCUGGAUCAUUACAGGAGGGACAAAUGCUGGGGUGAUGAAACAUGUGGGGGAAGCAGUCAGAGAUUAUGGGCUUGUGUCAGCCUCCACUAACCCCAUAAUAGUCAUAGGGGUGGCCACGUGGGGCUGCAUACAAAAUAAAGAGGACCUCACUGAUCCUGAGUGUCGAGGAAAAUGGCCUGCUUCAUACAGACUAGGGAAGAAACAGAGAAUAAAGGAAAGUUUCCUGGAUCCGAAUCACACCCACUUUGUGUUGGUUGACAAUGGAACUCAGCACCAGUUUGGAGUGGAGAUCCCGUUCAGGGCGAGAAUGGAGAAUUCCAUAGCAAACAUGAAAACCAACACUGGCAAAAAUGCCUCUGUUUAUGUGCCUGUGGUACUGCUAGUGUUAGAAGGAGGUCCUGGUACACUGGAAACGGCCCAUCAAGCUGUCGCCAAUAACACACCCAUUGUCAUAGUCCAGGGUUCUGGAAGAGCAGCAGACAUUUUAGCUUUUGCAUACCAGAAUUCCUCAGGCGAGGAAAUAGAAGCUAUGGAUCAAGAGGGCAAAACAAAAAAGAUAACACAGACAAUAUUUGAUGCCUCGGUAGAAGCAGAAAUAAGGAAUCAGGUAGAAGAGAAUUUUGGGAAAAAGAACCUUGUCAGUCACUGCGAGAUGGUGAAGGAGACCCUGAAAAAUCGGGACUUGAUCACUGUGUUUGAGUUCAGUAUUGGAGGUCGGGGGUCAUCCAAAGACAUUGACAAGGCCAUUCUCCAGGCACUACUCAGGGCAAAUAAGGAUCAGAUCUUUGACCAGUUGAAGUUAGCUUUAGCUUGGAACAGAAUAGAUAUUGCCAAAAGUGAAAUCUUUACAGAUGACCGUUUCAUUCAGACUAACAUGCUGUUUGAGAUCAUGCAGUCGGCCUUAAUCCUGAACCGGGUAGGCUUCGUAGAACUGUUGAUGGACAAUGGCGUCAACCUAAAAGACUUCCUAACCAAGAAAAGGCUUCUCAAGCUCUAUAAUCAGAUAAACAAAAAUACUCAACUGUAUCAGAUGCUGGAUAAAAUUCGACGGAAAAAUGGAAAUGCAAAGUACAUUUCCUUGGUGGAUGUGGGUUGUUUGAUCCAGGACCUGAUUGGGGAUUUCUACACCCCCUGGUACCUGCUGGACCCCAAGGUUAGGGACCUGGACGUGGAGUACCUCCUGGAUGGGGUGUCGGCAAAGUGUAUGGGCAUGCCAGGGAUCAAAAAGGGAAUAUUAUCCAUGGCAACUGGGAAGAAGCAAGAAUCCAUGGAUAAUGACCUUUUGACCUCUGACGAGUACCAGGUACCAGAUUUUGAUAAUCCUUUCCAGGAACUGUUCCUCUGGGCGGUUUUACUAAACAGACAGGAAAUGGCCAAAAUUUUAUGGAAAGGAGGAAAAGAUGCCACAGCUGCAGCACUUGUGGCGAGUGGGAUGUUGAGUUCUCUAGCCAGGGAGACCGAUGAUACAGAGUUAGCCAAAAAACUCAAAGCCAAUUCACUGGAAUUCUCAGAUCUUGCCAUAGCAGUGUUAAAUGAAUGUUACGAUGUGGAAGAGAAAAAGGCUCAGAAUCUAUUGAUUCGAGAGCUGGAACAUUGGGGGGCUGCCACAUGUGUAUUACUGGCUGUGGAGUCCAACAAUAAAAAGUUCAUUUCUCAGACAGCCUGUCAGACACUGCUCAAUAAUGUAUGGAUGGGGCACCUGUCUCUAGACAACCAAAUGCUACAGCUACUGUUGUGUGUGUUUGUACCCCCACUCAUACUUCCUGUCAUCAAAUUCAAAGAAGAGACAGACACUGACGCAAUGUCAGAGAAAAACUUCGAACAGAGAGUAACAACAAUUAAAGCAAAGAAGAGAAAACUUGAGAAGCAGAAGACAUUGAACUCGAUUCCUGUUAGUAAAGAGGAUAAAGAAGAAAGUCAAGUGGAAUUUGAAUCGAAACCGUUUGCUCUCAGCUUUUGGAAGAAGCUAUACUAUUUCUACACAGCACCUGUAGUUAUCUUUGCACACAAUGUGCUGUCCUAUGUGAUUUUCCUGGGGUUGUACAGCUACAUUCUCUUGGUGAAGUUUUCAUCAGAAGUCAGCGUAGAAGAGAUUAUCCUCAUUAUCUGGGUGUUCAGUAUAUUUGCUGAGGAAGUUAGACAGUUGUUGUCGCAGUAUUCAAUUUAUGAGAGAAUAACUAUAUACCGCACGUCCACCAAUCAAAAUGCCCCCCACGUUAUCAACCCCAGUGCUUCCAAUCACACUCAAAGUUUACGAGGCAAAAAUCCCUCAUUUCACCCCACGACAAAGAUGGUGUCCUCUUCAACCAAGACGUUCAACACCAAGCUGCACAGCUACAUAACGGAUCCCUGGAACAUUGUGGACGUGGUGACCAUUAUCAUGUUUAUUGUGGGGAUCAUCCUGCGCUUCCUCCCCUACUCCUCCACUCUGGAGGCCGCCCGCUGUGUCAUGGCUCUCAAUCUGGUCAUCUUCUUCUUUAGGAUUCUACAUAUAUUUUCUGUUCAUAAACAGCUUGGGCCCAAACUAGUCAUGAUUGGCAGAAUGUUGAUGGACUUGCUGUAUUUUAUCAUCAUCUUGAUGGUGUUUGUCGUCUCCUAUUCAAUAGCAGCUCACUCUGUGAUGUUUCCAAACUCGGAACUCAGUUUUGUCCUGGUGUACAAUGUCAUGAGGAUGGGAUACUGGAACCUGUAUGGAGAGCUCUUCCUGGAGGACAUAGAAAUGGAGGAGCCAGACUGUACCUUUGAAUCUGAUUUAUACAGUAAUGGUACAUUCCCCCGAUGCCCCACCCCUGUGAGUCGCUAUGCAGUGCCGAUUCUGAUGGGGUUCUAUGUUUUGUUUAGCAACAUUCUGCUCCUUAACCUUCUGAUUGCUAUGUUCAGUUACACUUUUGAGAUAACACAAAAGGAUACUGACAGUAUUUGGAAGUUCAUGCGGUUUAACACAAUUCGAGAAUAUUGUGAUCGCACACCAUUGCCUGCACCAUUUUGUCUCAUUUCACAUAUCUAUUUGUUGCUACAACUUUUUUGUCGGAAAUGUUGUAAACGAAGGAAAAAUCAAAUAAACAGUAUGAUAACUCGGUUUCCUGCAGACAAGGCAAGGGAGCUUGUCCAGUGGGAAAAUAUGAUAGCAGAUGCUUACAUGAAUCGCUUAGAACAUGAAGAGAAGAAAAACAUUCAGAACAGAAUUAUAAAUACUCAAGAAUCGAUACAUGAGCUGUUCUUUAAGCUGGAUGAGUUACAGGAUAUCCAGACUACAUCUGGGGCCCCCGGAGCACCCCCCAUCAUCAAGGCCCCGAUUAACCCUGUGGUCAGGAUGCCCCCACAGAUGGACAAGAGACUACUUGCCCUGGAGGACCAGAUGCAACAAAGUACUGUUGCACUCAACUGGAUCAUGAGAAACUUACAAGAACAACAGAAGAGCAGUGCAAAGGUCCCACCAUUGAUGGAGGAUAAAAAAGAAAAUGGUCGCCAUGGCAAGCAUUCAAAGCAGAAGAAAGAGAAGGACAAAGCGUUGGUGAAAUCAACAGUGGAAGAACGGAAACGUCUGAACUACAAAUCGAGGAUACCUAGGUACCCCCAGAGUAUGGUGAACAGGUUCCCUGUCCCAGAUGACAAGGUCGCCUGGGAGAUUUCAUUUCCGGAAUAUGACCCAGUGGUGUAUGAAGCACCUGAAGUCAAGAGUCAUCCUUACUGGGCUGACACUAUAGACCUCAUAUACAUGAAACCCGCUGACAGAAUUGGAAAGAUCAAUUUUAAUGAAUAUGACAAGAAGAACCUAUGUGACAGAAAGAGUUACUGGGGCACGUAUGAAGUACGUGAUGGUCUCCCGCUGAAUCCUGCGGGUCGGACAGGUAUUAUAGGACGAGGACUUCUUGGACGAUACGGCCCUAACCAUUGUGGAGAUCCCAUAGUAACCAGAUGGAAGAGAAAUGAUAAAGGGGAAGUUGUGAUGAAGGAAGGGAAAAAAGUUCUGGAAUUUGUAGCAAUAUUCAGAAAAGACAAUGACCUAUGGUCUAUUCCUGGGGGUAUGUGUGAACCUGGACAGAAGGUGUCCCAGUGCCUGAAGGCCGAGUUUACAGAGGAAGCGCUGGGGACAUUGAUCAAUGACCAGACCAUGAAGGAUAAAAUCAACAAAGACCUUCAGUACAUGCUGGAUCAUGGAGAAGAGAUUUACAAAGGAAUUUGUGAUGACCCCAGGAACACUGAUAAUGCCUGGUUGGAAACUCUUGUGUUUAGCUACCAUGAUGACACAGGAAAAGUUCUUCAUCCUUUCCUUUUAAGAGCUGGAGAGACCGUGGAGGCAGCUACCUGGUUAGAAGUGUCAUCUAGUCUUAUUCUUCACUCCUCUCACCUGUAUUAUGUUAAGCUUGUGGCCGACAAGUUAAAUGCUUACUACUAAACCCUUGCAAAAGGAUUUGGUAAUUAGUCAAUUGGAAAAUCAAAUGCUACUUAUUGUCUUGUGAAUUUCGAGAACUUGCCUUAAUUAAUGCUCAUGAGAGAUAGCAUUACCGGUAUACAUUUCAACUGUGAGUCAUGUCUGAUUUCCACUACCAAACUUUUAGCACCUGAAAAAAGUCUUGUUGCAAUUUCUACA